AUGGAUACAGUUGCCAUUGUGACACUGGAAAAUGUGCCAGAAGCUCCGUUCAAGGUGCGGCUCUGGAUUGGACAUGCGGCAAGACUAGGAGGAGGUGGACCUCAGAUGAGCGCAUUCAUAGGAACGCCAAUCGGUGAAAUUACCAACGAAAUCCCAAAGUGUUCCAUGAGGAUGCCUCAUAAUCAAAUUUUGAUACAUCUGGAUGAGCAAGUUCUGACUGUGAUGCUCGAUGAGAAUGGAAUCCAAUUCGGCAACUCUGUGCCACACGAAACACCACAACCUGAAAUGAUUCCAACAAUGUUCGUCACCUGCCAGGACACUACUCUACAUUUGUCGCAUUUUAAUUUCUCCGGCCCAUUCCAACGACACCUCCGCCAAGGCCUCCCACAAGAGCCCUUCUUCCUCUCCUCCAAGCCAACGUUUUUCACGGAAGCACGCGUUGCCGCAAUCAUGCCCUUGCUAUCAGCGGAACCAAUACUGUUUGGCACAGAGACAGGGUCCAUUGGAUGGAUUCUCAAAUUCAGCCCAAUUUGGUCGUCAAUCUUGAGCAAGUAUGAGCGCUGUAUCGACACGUAUAUCCCAAGAGUCCAUGUUGAGGGCGCGGAGUACGUCAGCCAAGCGGUAUUCGACAUGUUCGAGUCCGCGCACGGUAAUAUGAGAAUGAGAGUGAUGACAGAGUUAAACACUGACGGUUGGCAAGAGAAUACUGGAAAGACCCUCCAACAAAUCGUUGAUUCCAUCAGACGAAUGUUCGUGGUGUUGGAACUUGAGUAA